AUGACUGUCGUGCGACGGAUGCGACAAACCACCAUCACUCCUAUCUCCAUCCAGGCAGCAAACCAAGAAUUAUAUCUUUUAUUGAAGUCUAUGGCCACCGAAAGUGUUGACGACACCUUAUUUAUCGUUGACUUUGGGAUUAGGAGUAUAGUUAUAAGUGAUAUUGACUACACCGGUGGUUUGCUUCCAACUUCAAAGGCAUCCUCAAUCAUUGAAGGGGAGGAAGUAGAAGGUGUUAAGAAUGGACUUUCUUCUGCUAUUCAAUCUAGAGAAAAGAUUGUUUUAAAUGUCACAUCCAGUGGAAUUGCAUCUUUACUCCUACCUGGUGGCAGAACGGCUCAUUCUAGAUUUUCAAUACCCAUUACGAUUACUGAUGAAUCUACUUGCAACAUCAAGCAUGGCAGUUUGAAGGCUGAGCUGCUCAUCCAAAGUAGCUUAAUAAUUUGGGAUGAAACUCCAAUGCUUGAUAAAAUGUGCUUUGAAACACUUGAUCGGACGCUCAGGGAUCUUAUGUCAGUUACCGAUCAACAUAAGACACAUCAACCAUUUGAUGGUAAGGUUGUUGUUCUAGGAGAUGAAGGUGAAAUGAAGAGAUUUGCUAAUUGGAUACUUGAUGUUGGAAAUGGAAAUAUUGAUUCUAUUGUUGGUGAUGAAUCAGAAGUUGAAAUUCCAGAUGAUCUAUUGAUUACAACUACUGAUGAUCCUCUAUCUCAUUUAGUAGAUUUUGCAUAUCCAAAUUUGUUGCAAAACAUGUCAGAUUAUAGAUUUUUUUAG